AUGAGCGAUCACAAGUGCAAAAAAACCACUUGCGUACAAAAAUCGUUUAAUCACACUAUCGGGGACUUGGAAAUAAAUUCGAGGAUGAGCUGGGUAGACGAGACAAAUGGCCUUCUAAGGUUGUACCGGCUGAAUCGGACAACCAACCGAAAUGUGCGUCCGAGAAACCGACACCUCAUGCAGCCGAUGCCUUCUCCUAUCCGCAUCAGCACCUACCGCUCUGCAAUCGUGCCUUUGCACUGCGAAUGCAUUCUGGAGGAGAAGCGUCGAAAAGAGCGAAAAAAGGAGGAGAAGGAAAAAGCUGCAAACGCGAAAAAUUUAAGAAGGCACGGGCAGAAGCAGAUUAUUUAUUCCAUCACCGACAAAUCACUUUAA